UUUAUGCCUCUAGCUACACGACCGCAUAUUAAUAACAACCAUAAGCAAAAUCAUAAAUCAAGCCCCUCAAUAAGGAGAUAUGAUAAAUCACACGAUGGAAUUUCGACAAAAUUCAAAGCAACGACGCCUCCAUCAGCUCCUAUUUCUACGGAUGAAAUCGGAUUCAAAUCAGGCCCAUCAACAAAUUAUUUUGAGCGAAAAAAUCGACCAAUUAUUAAAGAUAAAGGUCCAUGCGCUCGUGUGGAAUUAAUGAUCUCCGCGAGAACAUUGGCAGACCGCGACUUCUUCUCAAAGUCUGAUCCUGUAUGCAUUGUUGAAGAGAUGACUACUCGAUAUGCUCGUGAUGAUUCUAAAAACGAAUUCGUGGAGAUUGGGAGGACUGAAUGUAUUAAAAACUCAUUAAAUCCUGUGUGGAACAAGCGAAUAACUCUUGAUUAUUAUUUUGAAAGUAAACAGUUGCUUCGCUUCAAGAUUUACGACAUCGAUUCUGAAUCUGCAAAGUUGUCAGAACACGAUUUUCUAGGAAAAUGUGAAUGCGAGUUAGCGGAUAUUGUUGCAGCUCCUAAUGGAAUUUGUGUGAUGAAAGUCUUCUCAUGUAAAGAUGUUCCUAGACAAGGCGGUUUACUGCUGGUAUGUGCGGAGGAACUCGACGAGGGACAACGUGAUAUUGCACAUUUUUCUCUUAGAGGUGUUGCUCUUAACAGUGGUGGUUCAUUUCUUAGGAAAUGUAUCCUAAAUCCAAAUACAUUUUUGGAAUUCUAUCGACUUUUAUGCGAUGGAAGGUAUUUUUAUAUGUUUGAUUAG